GCCGGGAGGAAGGAUGGCGAUCGCGGCUCUGUGCUUGCUGCUGCUGUGCCUUUCCGGGAACAUGGCAGACUUAUUGAGCUCUUCCUUUGAUGAAGCUUCAGAUUACAAAAGAGCGAACUGUGAACAGUAUAAAUUGCCAGGAUGUCCCAGAGACUAUAACCCUGUUUGUGGAAGUGACAUGACCACAUAUGCUAAUGAGUGUCUUCUGUGCACGGCAAUCAGGGAAACUGGUCACAAAAUUAAAAUAACCCGCAGUGGACCAUGUUGAAGGAGCAGUGUAUAGAAGAGAAGAUGAGAAACCACCUUCAGCUGCCUGCUUGAAGAGUUUUUUUCACCUUUUUUUUUUUUUUUUGCAUGAAAUUUCUUAACCCACAUUUUCUGAGAGGAGAUGUGGAGAGAACCAUGUGUAGUGAUGGAUAA